AUGGUCCUGCUGCUGGUCAUCCUCAUCCCGGUGCUGGUGAGCUCGGCGGGGACGUCGGCGCACUACGAGAUGCUGGGCACCUGCCGCAUGGUCUGCGACCCCUACGGGGGCACCAAAGCUCCCAGCACGGCAGCGACCCCCGACCGGGGCCUCAUGCAAUCGCUGCCCACCUUCAUCCAGGGCCCCAAAGGCGAAGCCGGCCGGCCGGGCAAAGCCGGCCCCCGCGGACCUCCCGGAGAGCCCGGGCCGCCGGGCCCCGUGGGGCCGCCCGGAGAGAAGGGGGAGCCGGGCCGUCAGGGCCUGCCGGGGCCCCCCGGGGCUCCGGGGCUCAACGCGGCCGGGGCCAUCAGCGCCGCCACCUACAGCACCGUACCCAAAAUCGCCUUCUACGCGGGCCUUAAGCGCCAACACGAAGGUUACGAGGUCCUCAAGUUCGACGACGUAGUCACCAAUCUGGGCAACCACUACGACCCGACCACGGGCAAGUUUACCUGUUCCAUCCCAGGCAUCUACUUCUUCACCUACCACGUCCUGAUGCGCGGGGGGGAUGGCACCAGCAUGUGGGCUGAUCUCUGCAAAAACAACCAGGUCCGUGCUAGUGCGAUUGCUCAGGAUGCUGAUCAGAAUUACGACUAUGCCAGUAACAGUGUGGUUCUUCAUUUGGAGCCAGGAGAUGAAGUCUACAUAAAGUUAGAUGGAGGAAAAGCACAUGGAGGAAACAACAACAAAUACAGCACGUUUUCUGGAUUUAUUAUUUAUGCGGACUGAUAAUUCAGGAACUAAGCUUAUUUCUUCUGAAUCUGAGCAAUGGAUCCAUAAUGGCUCAUGCCUGUGAAUCAAGAAUCCCAGUGGAUACCAACAGUGGGGCACAUCAAUAGUGUGUGUGUGUUGGGGGGAGGGGGGAAAUCAAAUGCUACCUGACUCACAUCUGUACAACUCAGAAAAAAACCUUAUGUUAAAAAAAAAAAUUAAAAGCAAGAUAUGCAGAUGUGUGAUCCACUACCGCCGCCAAAGCAAAUACUCCUUAAUGUUAGUGUCCACGUGAAUGAAGUCCUAUAGAGAUCACAACUUUUUAUAGAAAAAUCUACUACACUAAAUUAUUUCUUCAAUAUAUAUGAUACUUUGGUGUAUUAUGGUAUUGCUGCUUUUAUCCAUAUGUCAGCUUUGGUUCUUGUGAGUUUACCUGCUAAUUAUGAUACCUGGAGGCCACUUACAGUGUGGUGAGGGAUGAUUUUAUGCUAAAAAGAAAGGUUCGAGGGAAAUCAUACUGUUUCUUUCCAAAGAAAUUGUUUGCCUUGUAUUUUUGUUACUGUUAUACCUAAACUUAAGAGUGAUUCAGCUUUAAGCCUUAACCUGGAAUGUUCUAGAUUUUGAGGGAAGUAAUUCUCAAGCCUUGUAUUAUUGCCACAUAGUUUAAUUUUUAUUAAUUUGGUCUUCCCCUCCCUCUAAUGAUGAUUUUUAGAAACAGAGCUAGAAUGUAACAUUGAAUUGUCCUGUACAUGUGCUAAGAAAUUUGUGUAAGUAUCUACAGUGUUUAGAUAGCUUCAUAAUUGUUCAUCUUGUCAAUAUAAAUAUUGAGUCCAUAUAAAAAAAAAUUCUACACUUCCUUCAAAAGGCAAAAGCAUUUCUUCUUCAGUAUAAAUCCAGAUUGCCGUCCUCUUCCCCAUCCACACCCCUCAUGCCCUGGGAUGGAACAAAAGAUUAUUGAUGUACAAAGGCUUAAUUUGGGCCACUGCAUGAAUUACCAAGGGGACAGUUUGUAAUGCCUUCAAACCCUUACUACAAGUUUGUAGCCUGAGGUUAUUUCAAAAUUAACAGAUAGACAUAUUAUCAAUACAAGAUGUAUAUAU